AUGUUCGAGAGUCUCAUCGGUGUUAAUUUCAGACCAGAUGCGGACAAGUGGAACAUUCCUCGCCUGUUAAGUACCCUUGAUGCUUCGCGUAAGGAAGGGACUCCAGAAUGUUGCGGUGUACGGAGACGAUAUCGCUGUGUACAGAAAUUCGGAAAUAGAGCACCCAGUUCACUUGAAGGCUGGUUUGAAGCGGAUCCGGGCGGCUGGCCUGCAGAUAAAUUAAGCCAAGUCCCAGCUCGCUCAGAGUUCGGUGACACUGCUGGGGCAUAA